CGAUGAACUUCUGCCAACUCAAGGAACUCAUAGAAAAGGGUUGGAUCCGGCCAAGUGUUUCCCCUUACGGGUCUCCAGUACUAUUUGUACCUAAGAAGAAGGAGGGAACACUUAGGAUGUGCAUUGACUAUAGGGGCCUCAAUGCCAUCACUGUCAAGAACAGAGAGCCCCUACCGCGCAUUGAUGAUUUGCUAGAUAGAGUGCAAGGGUGUCGGUACUUCAGUAAGAUAGAUCUGAAGUCCAGGUACCAUCAGAUUGCAAUCCGGCAUGAGGAUCAGCACAAAACCGCCUUUCAGACCAGGUAUGGUCUGUACGAGUUUGUGGUGAUGUUGUUUGGCCUGUGCAAUGCUCCUGACAUCUCUCAGCACGCUAUGAAUCGGAUAUUCCAUGACUACUUGGAUAAGUUUGUCGUCGUGUACCUCGAUGACAUACUUAUUUUUAGUAAGACUGUUGAGGAGCACGCUGCACACCUGCAAAAAGUCCUUAGUCUCCUGCGUCAGCACAAGUUCACGAUCAACGGUGAGAAGUGCGAGUUUGGCCGCACCCGUGUCUUGUACUUGGGUCAUGAGAUUUUCGCGGAAGGGUUGAAACCCGAUGACGCGAAGGUGGCCAGCAUUCGUGAUUGGCCACGUCCUCAGUUUGUGACUGAGAUGAGAUCAUUCUUAGGGAUGACUGGCUACUAUAGGACUUUCGUAAAAAACUAUAGCAUAGUGGCCGCCCCUUUGAUUGAUCUAACACACCUUGACACCCCAUGGGAAUGGACAGACAAGUGCGAGGCUGCUUUCAGACAUGUGAAGCAUGCAUUGACGCACUACGAAGUCUUGAAACUUCCUGAUACUGACAAGCCAUUUGUGGUUACCACAGAUGCCAGCCAACAUGGUAUUGGUGUCGUGCUUGCGCAGCAGGAGGGGCCAAAGUUGAGGCCGGUCGAGUACAUGUCAAAGAAGAUGUCAUCUCAUAAGUUGGCAAAGUCCACCUAUGAGAAGGAACUUUACGCCGUGUACAAGGCUUUGACCCAUUGGAGACAUUAUCUCCUUGGAAGGUUCUUCAUCCUCAUGACUGAUCAUCAGACCUUGAGAUGGAUGAGAACACAACCGGUGAGAACUCUACGCCAUGUACAAGGCUUUGACCCAUUGGAGACAUUAUCAGCGAAGAUUAGCAUGGCCCCUGCGCAAGGAUGACACGCAUAAAUCGAGAAACGGUCCAAAUUUAAAAAAAAAGAAAAAAAAAAAAGGAAUGUGUCUGGAAAACUUGUGCGGACACAUUCCAAAUCACAUUCAUGAAACAUCGGACAAGGAAGAAAAACAGGUGCAACAUGAAAAACAGGAUUUCAAAACAGAUUGUCAGAUAGGUUUGACAUGUUUGAUAUAGAAAUGAAACCAAAAGAAACCA